AAGUGCGCCUGAGACGAAAAUUGAACUUUUUAUUUUGGGCUUUUUUGUUUACAGAAUGUUCAAUUGAGUCAAGUUAAAACGUUUUAUGCCAUUAAAAACGCGAAACAAACCUUCGAUUACCAAUUUUUACCGCUUCAAAGUCGUCAAAAUUUCGUCCGCCAUUGUUGAAAACAUGUUCCGGAAGCGAAAUGCAUAAAUUGUCAUCAUGACGUCAAACGCUCAACAAACCACGCAUCACUUGUCGCAUCGCUCUCCUACAACUCUCUUUGUGCGCUGCCCAGAGAAGUACGUCUAUUGCGUUUUUAAGGACUGUUUAGUUGUAGUUCGUAAAUGGAAUCUUUCUCUGAUGAGGAAUUGUCCCGGCAACUAUCUGAAGCUUCCGAGGAUAGUUUUGCGUCGGCAAACGAUGAAUUUUUGCCAUACGACCAAAGCAUCGAGCCGAUUGCCACCGAAGAAGAAGCGGCCGAGUACGCGGAGCUAGUAGCGCAGGAAGAAGAGGAGGAAGAAACUCUGUGGAGUAGAUUUUCUGGCGAAGAUGCCGUCGUGAAUUGGUGCCAAUGUUCCAACUGUUCACUAGAAUUUGUGGUUAAACACGAAGAAUGCAGAUGCUGCAAAGAGGUCAAUCGGUGCGUUGAAAAAAUGGAGGAGCUAGAGAUGGACGAUUGUAUUUUAUUGCAUCCCGGUUUCGCAGACGUUUGCCUGAACAAAUGGGUGCUUCAAAUUGCCGGAAUUGGUCUGAAAACGAGGGAGAACAAAUCAUACACCGCUAUGAAUGCUUGGGAAGACAGAGCAGAAAACGAAUUCCUCCGUGCUGUGGCAUACCGACAGUUUGUCAGACUGGUGUGGGAAUAUGUUGGGGCAUCAAACCGUCUGCCUCUGCCCUGUUGUGUUUACAAUAGAAUAAGAAAGACAUUUCCUAUGGCUGAGAAAUCAGAAUACAAGGGAUACGAGGAAGAUAACAUGUAGGAGGACAUAGAGCAGUUUCCUUCACUUUUCGGCUACUGUAUUUGGCUUUAGCAGCUUCCUUUUCCU